AUGAUCACACAGAACAACUUAUAUAUAACAUUUUUACAUGUAGUUUAUUUUCACUUGCAUGUAGUGUAUAUUAAUCUUUUUUUUCUGUUCUUUACAGGAAGCCAUCCUCAUUAAAACUUUGCCAUAAUAUAUGGAGACCUUAUCCCAGAAGAGGAUGAAAAUAGCCCCAACAAAACCCAGAGUUUUUUCUCUGGACGAAGUCUCAUAUCAUGCCGACAUAUCUUCAUGCUGGAUCGUGAUCAAGGACAAAGUGUACGAUUUAACCAACUUUUUGGAUGAGCAUCCGGGAGGAAGCGAAAUCAUGCUGGAACACGCAGGUAUGGAUGCCACCACCGUGUUUCAAGAUAUCGGCCACUCGGCUGAAGCUCAGAAGAUUCUCUCAAAAUAUUACAUUGGCGAGCUGCGAGAGGUUAGUGCACAGUUCUAGACGUAACUUAAUCCCCAUUUACACGAACUAAACUAGUUUAAGUGCAUCAGGUUUAGGUUUUUCCAAUUUGUCGAUUACGCUUUGCGG